GCCUCAUUGACGUCACCACUGCCCGACUGCUUUUCCCGGAGACCGGAGUAGAAGGCCAGCGAGUUGGUCAUAAUGGCAGGUGAAGAAAUUAAUGAAGACUACCCAGUAGAAAUUCAUGAGUAUUUAUCAACAUUUGAAAAUUCCAUUGGUGCUGUGGAUGAGAUGCUGAAGACCAUGAUGUCUGUUUCUAGAAAUGAGUUGUUGCAGAAGUUGGACCCCCUUGAACAAGCAAAAGUGGAUUUAGUUUCUGCUUACACGUUAAAUUCAAUGUUUUGGGUUUAUUUGGCAACUCAGGGAGUUAAUCCUAAGGAACAUCCAGUAAAGCAGGAAUUGGAAAGAAUCAGAGUAUACAUGAACAGAGUCAAGGAAAUAACAGACAAGAAAAAGGCCGGCAAGCUGGACAGAGGUGCAGCUUCAAGAUUUGUGAAAAAUGCCCUUUGGGAACCAAAACCUAAAAAUGCAUCCAAAGUUGCCAAUAAAGGAAAAAGUAAAAAUUAGCCUUUUAGUUUUGAUGUACACCUAUUGAAAAAGUACAUCAUUUUUAUUGUUUUCCACAAAAUAGAUGAUUAUGUGGCAAUACAAGGUUUAAAUGUAUUCCUUAUUGAAUUCGUAUAUAAAAUUUACAUUUUAAAUUUGUAAUGCUAAAUAUUUUUUCCCCAGAAAGAUUGUUAUCUUUAUUGAUUUUCCUAUAGACCACUAUGAGAUUUUUAACACUGUGGUAUAUUUUAUAUUUAUAGUUUAUCAUCUUUCUUGACAAGACUCUUAUUUCCCUAUACAGGUCAAUCUUUCAAGUACCAUUUUAUAAGCAACUAUGAAAUUUAAGUUAAAUGUUUUUUGUAAACAUUUGUCUAUUUUAAAUGAAUAAUGACUUUAUGAAGUAUGCUUAUCUGAAGGCUGAAGUUAUAAAUACAUCUGUUUUCACUAUAUAAUAUUAAGAGAAUGAAAUGACUUAAAUGUCCAUUUUUUUCUAUGUUGUUACUUCAUGUUUUCAUGAUUUUGGGAAUUACUAUUUUCUUUUGAUAUUUGAAGUGUGAAAUUAAGACUUUAAGGUUAUAUUUUUAUUCUUGGCAGUUUGCCUCUAUGUCCCAUUUAAGGUAAAAUAUAUUCUCAUUAACUUCAGAUGGGAAAUGAGGUUGUAUAUUGAUGGCUGAAUUUUGGCAUAAUAGCUAUAUCCUAUCAAUAAAGGCUGUAAAGUUUGUAUAGCUGACUGUUUAUUUUUCUCUUUUGUAUAAAUUUGCCCUUGAAAUUAGGAAGAUAGGUUUUAGAAAUCAUUAGGAAUAAAUUCAUGAGUUUUUGUUCCUUCUGCAUUAUGGCCAUAGUUCUCUUGGUCUCACUUUUUCAGAUUUUUGGAUUGCAUGUUUUUGAGGUGAUACCAAGUACAUACAAGUAUUUUGAAACAACUUCCUAUGUUAUAUAAUGCCACUUAAGGGGAAGAGAAAUCCAGAAGAGAUUAUAUUGUGUUUAUAUCCUGAUUUAUUUUUCUGGAAUAUUUGUCACAGAGAAUUAUAUGUAUUAAAUUUUUUUUAAUGUCUAAGUCCUUGAACUUUAAUUAUAUGCUCUUAAUGCUUUCAGUCUUUGAGUCCACAUCAUUAUGUAUAGGAAUGCCAAGUACAGUAAAGUACUUUAAUUUUUGAAAAAGAAGUUGUUAAAAUUUUCUGUGUGAUUAAUUCUCCAUAAGUAACCUUGAAUAAAUGGAUUUCUUGAUUUAUGGUAUAAGAUAUUGGAAACGGUCUUAAAAUGUAAUGGAUUUUGUAAAGCAUGUUGAACUCUUUCUAUGACACAUGAAGAGGAAGUCACUGAUAGAUGCAGAGUCUUUUGGCUCAGUUGUCAGACAGUUUUUGAAGUGGAAGAACAUUUAUAGUUAUUUCAUUUCUUCUUUCACCUUCAUCCUCUCAAAUUUUGAGCUUUUUUGAAAAGUAACUUCUUCAUGACAGAAAUAAAUGUUCUUAUGACCAAGUGUAA